CGCCAGGCAGCCCGCUCCAGCGUGAAUCUCCCAAACCUAGGUCGCGCACGUACGACGAGCGUGGAAGCUCUGAUGAGGGCAGUGAGGCGGAGGACGAGCUGGUGUCUGGCUUCAAUCAGUUCGGCGUACAGCGCAUUCUUCGCUGACAGCCUGCACGAGAAAAAGAAGCCUCAAGGACCGCUAGUCAUCCCCGCCCAGAAGAAUCGGGACUGGCGAGAGUUCGCGCGCAAGAGGAAGAACCUCUAUGUCCCGCCGAGUGCGACCGCCGCCACUGGCGCAGACGGCAGCGUUGGUGGCCUCGGCACCAGGGAUUCUAUCAACUCUGGCCCUCAGCAGGUUGGUCUCCAGGUUCGCAAGAAGGUUAAGGUCGAAGAAAACGAGAUGGACGUUGAGGAGUCAGUCACUGUCACAGCCACAGAAGAGAUGGCGAAAGAAGAAGAACCAGAGAACGAGGACCAGAAGGCGAUCCGCGCGCUCCUCGAAGGCGCCGGUGCCGAAGGCAAGGGGCCACGCGUCGAAGUCAUCGCGGCCGUCUCUGAGGACGACGCCUACCGUCAAGACGUCGCCGAACUGCCCGAGCCAGCAUCGCUCGAGGACUACGAGCGCGUACCCGUCGAAGACUUUGGAGCAGCGCUACUGCGUGGUAUGGGCUGGAAAGAAGGCACGGCCGCGAACCGCAAGGGCAAGGGUCCCAUAGAACCAUGGCUGCCGCAGGCGCGCCCGGCGCUUCUCGGGAUAGGAGCAAAGGAGAAGGAGGUCUUCGACGACGGGAGCAAGAGCAAGAAGAAGGCGCGCCCCGACAAGAAGUACAUACCUGUUGUGAGGCGCGAAAUUCGUCCCGGCGAGAGCGAGCGCGAGUCGGGAUCCGGAAGCUCCAGCAGGCGCCGUUCGCCGUCACCACGCAGCUCGAGACAGUCACCUUCACUUGACGGGCGGCGAGACCGGGAUCAAUACGACUCCUAUGGCCGUGAUCGCGAGUACAAGCGCGAUAAGGACAGAGACAGAGAUUAUCGGGAUAGAGAUAGAGACUACCGAGACCGUGAUCGUGAUGGGGAGCGGGACAGAGACAGAGACAAAGACUACGAUCGUAGGAAGGAUGACCCGCGGGACUACGAGUCGAGCUCUCGACGUGACCGAGACCGGGAUCGCGACCGGGAUCGUCGAAGGGACAGGUCAGAGGAGAGGUUGUCGCGUCGGGAUAGGGACAGGCGAGAUUCUUAGCUGCAUUUGUCCCAGGGUGCUGUGCUCUCAUAGAACAACGUGAUGUGUACGAAAGCUCGCCUUCUAGCUCUGCUACCCAAACACUGGUGUUCUAGUUUGCAUAUCAAUCUACGCUGGUACACAUCGUAUUUGAACAUGUGGCGAAAACUCA